CGCGCUGAAAACUUGCGAAGGCCUGUCCAGCAGGUUGGAAGCGUAGUAGAAAUUCUCGCGAGAAGUAGUUACCGUUGCCUCCGAAGAGGGGCGGGGCCUCAGAGGUGCACCAGGUGGGAAUUGCCGCCAGAGCUGAAUCAGGCCGGAGUCGGAUUUGAGAUUAAGUGGGAUUUGGAACCGUGCAGAUGCGGAAGGAAACUCCACCUCCCCUAGUGCCCCCGGCGGCCCGCGAAUGGAACCUGCCUCCUAAUGCGCCCGCCUGUAUGGAGCGGCAGCUGGAGGCUGCGCGAUACCGGUCUGACGGGGCGCUUCUGCUCGGCGCCUCCAGCCUUAGUGGUCGCUGCUGGGCCGGCUCCCUCUGGCUUUUCAAAGACCCAUGUGCUGCUCCCAAUGAAGGCUUCUGCUCCGCUGGAGUCCAGACGGAAGCCGGAGUGGCCGACCUCACGUGGGUUGGGGACAGAGGUAUCCUAGUGGCUUCGGAUUCAGGUGCUGUUGAAUUGUGGGAGUUGGAUGAGAAUGAGACACUUAUUGUCAGCAAGUUCUGCAAGUAUGAGCACGAUGACAUUGUGUCUACAGUUGCUGUCCUCAGCUCUGGCACACAAGCUGUCAGUGGUAGCAAAGACUUCUGCGUCAAGAUCUGGGACCUUGCUCAGCAGAUGGUACUAAACUCAUACCGAGCUCAUGCAGGGCAGGUGACCUGUGUUGCUGCCUCUCCCCACAAGGACUCCAUGUUGCUUUCAUGCGGCGAGGACAAUAGAAUUUUACUCUGGGAUACCCGAUGUCCCAAGCCAGCAUCACAGAUGGGCUGUGGUGCCUCUGGCUACCUUCCUACCUCCCUGGCUUGGCAUCCUCAGCAGAGUGAAGUCUUUGUCUUUGGUGAUGAGAACGGCGUGGUGUCUCUUGUGGAUACCAAGAGUGCAAGCUGUGCCCUCAGCUCAGCUGUGCACACCCAGUGUGUCACCAGACUGGUGUUCUCCCCACACAGUGUUUCCUUCCUGGCCUCCCUCAGUGAAGACUGCUCCCUGGCUGUGCUGGACUCAAGUCUUUCAGAGGUGUUUAGAAACCGAGCACAUCGAGACUUUGUGAGAGACGCCACUUGGUCCCCACUCAACCACUCCCUCCUUACCACAGUGGGCUGGGACCAUCAAGUCAUCCACCAUGUCCUGCCCCUAGACCCUCUCCCAGACCUCAGACCUGAGAGUGCCUCUGAGUAGAUUGUAUUUAAGAGAAAGGCAAACCCCGUAAGAUUCACUCCUUUGCCUGUGCCUCGGUUUGUGAGACAACACAGAGACUUGUGUAGUGUGUUGAUACACUACAUCUGUAAAGUUAAUAGGGAUGGUAUUUCAGCCUGAGGGAAGCUGGAUUCUGGGGUACUAUGGUUACAGCAAGGAAAAACGUUCUAGAAAAUGGAUAUAAAUGAGUGCAUUUAUAGACCCAUAGUUUUUUGAGAGAAGAGUUAAAACCAUCCUGUUUUCCCAUGUACUUCUCCCUCCCCCCUAAAAAAUUGACAAGGUUUUCUGCUUUACAAGUCACUAUGGGGAAUUAGCCAAGUUUUUGGAAGCAGAUCUAUGCUAUUCAUACAGAUAGGGACAACUUAUUUUAUAGAGCUUAAUUCACAACUAUGGGGAGUAAUUCCAUGCCCAAGAAUCCAACCCAGCUCCUUUGAAGAGGAGGCAGGAUAUACUCAGUAAAGUUCCGCACAGCUUCAUGCUAUUAAGCUGAAUCAGAGGUCUGGCUGGCGCUCACGUAAUGCCUGCUGCUCUGCCCCCGUGGCGCUGUAAGAUACGAGUAUUUUUCUGUCAUCGGGGAAGCUAGGGACGAUGGCAAGCUUAAGGGCAUUUCAGCUAAGUUAGAAAGCUGACAUGGACUGUUACAGAGAAAUUUUUGUCACUUCCCACCUAAAACCAGCCUGAAGUUUGCCCUGCUUCUAGACGCUCUGGAUAAAGGAAGUCUGAGUGCUGUAUUGUGGACUCUUCUAGGAUUUUUAAAUCCAGCAUCAAGGAAAAUGUGAAAUACUGGUUGGUAAAAUAAAGUUUACGUGUUUAUCUUUUUGAA